UUAUGCCAUAAAUCGAUCUUCCUACUUUCUCUUUCUCCGCGGUAUAUGGCGACUUUGCUAUAAGGUGUUAUGAACUGCAAGCAUGUAGAAAUGCAAUUAUUAUAAGUGAAAACAAAAUCUGGUGCAGUGGAAAACCGAUCAUUGGUAGUUUUUACAUCAUUAGUUCCAUAACUUCUAGGUGAAAAUGGCAGGAACUUUAAGCAACCAAUCACUAAUCAAUGUGAACCAGUUUAAUAACUUGGAAUACCACUAUAAGAUGUCCACCAAUAGCAUCACUGAUUUUUAUAAAGGCUCAAAUGUACUUAUCACUGGAGGAACUGGCUUUGUUGGGAAAGCUCUUUUGGAAAAAUUGCUAAGAUCCUGUCCUGACAUACAGCGUAUCUAUCUAUUGAUGAGAUCAAAAAAGGGGAGGAAUGUUAAUGAAAGAUUAGAGGAACUUUUAAAAAAUCCAGUCUUUGGGCGCUUAAGAGAUGAAAAUGACGACAUAUUUAUGAAGAUUAGGCCCAUUUCAGGAGAUAUUUCACUAGUUAAUUUAGGAAUGUGCAACGAAGAUUUAUUAGAAUUAGUAGAAAAUGUUGACAUCGUUUUCCAUUCGGCAGCUACAGUAAAAUUUAAUGAAGAUCUCAAGCAGGCUUUAAUUUACAAUACGUUAGGAACCAAAAGGAUAUUAGACUUUUGUUGUGUGUUAAAACAGCUAAAGAGUUUUGUAUAUGUAUCAACAGCCUUCAGCAACCCGGAUAAAGAGAAUAUAAGUGAGUCAGUAUACGAAGCGCCUUAUGACCCAGAAGAUAUUUUCACUCUAAUAGAAGACCUUUCCAAGGAUUCCUUCGACAUGUUAUCUCAAAAGCUGCUAGGAAAUCAUCCAAAUACAUAUACGUUUACAAAAGCAAUGGCUGAGCAAAUGGUUCUAAUGUUCUCAAAUCGAAUACCUUCGGCAAUAGUAAGACCCUCAAUUAGUAAGUACUAA